GUCGCCCGGCAGAGCCGAGAGGGUCGAGCGAGGCAUCGCUGCUGCUGCCGCCGGCGGGGCGCGUGGGGCCGGCCCUCCGGUCGCCGUCCUUCCGUCCGAGGGCCGCGCGGGUCCCGUUAUCAUGUCGCUGAGGGCGCGCCUGGCCCGGCUGGCGGGCUGGCUGCAGGAGCCGCAGAAAGUGGCCCGUUUCCAGCGGCUGUGCGGGGUGGAAGCGCCGCGGAGCAGCUCCACGGCGGCCGCCGGCGACGCGAGGGAAGAUGAGGAGAGAGCCGGGGCGCCCCUCGCCGGAGACGCCCGGUGCCGGGCGCGGCCGCCGGGGGCGUCCGGAGGCCCCCAGCCGCCCGGGGGCGACCGCAAUCAGUGCCCGGCCAAGCCGGGCAGCGGCGGCGCCCCCAACGGCGUCCGGAACGGGCUGGCUGCCGAGCUGGGCCCGGCCUCGCCGCGGCGCGCGGGUGCCCCGCGCCGCAACUCGCUGACGGGCGAGGAGGGGGAGCUGGCCGUCGUGAGCAACUGGCCGCUGUACUACCUGUUCUGCUUCGGCACGGAGCUGGGCAAUGAACUCUUUUACAUCAUGUUCUUCCCUUUCUGGAUCUGGAACCUGGACCCCCUGGUGGGCCGCAGGCUCGUGGUCAUCUGGGUGCUGGUCAUGUACCUGGGCCAGUGCACCAAGGACAUCAUCCGCUGGCCGCGGCCCGCCGCGCCGCCCGUGGUCAAGCUGGAGGUCUUCUACAACUCCGAGUACAGCAUGCCCUCCACCCAUGCCAUGUCUGGCACCGCCAUCCCCAUCUCCAUGGUCCUCCUCACCUAUGGCCGCUGGCAGUAUCCCCUUAUAUAUGGACUGAUUCUUAUUCCCUGCUGGUGUUCUCUAGUUUGCCUAAGUAGAAUUUACAUGGGAAUGCACUCCAUUCUGGACAUUAUUGCUGGAUUCCUGUAUACCCUUUUAAUCUUAGCUAUCUUCUAUCCGUUUAUGGACCUGAUUGACAACUUCAACCAAACUCACAAAUAUGCUCCAUUAAUUAUCAUCGGGCUUCAUUUAGCAUUGGGGAUCUUUUCUUUCACUCUUGAUACCUGGAGUACAUCCCGAGGAGACACAGCCGAGAUUCUAGGAAGUGGUGCUGGAAUUGCAUGUGGAUCUCAUGUUGCUUAUAAAGUGGGUUUAGUAUUAGAUCCUUCCCUGGAUAUGUUACCUUUAGCUAGGCCUCCCAUUACUGUGACUCUAUUUGGAAAAGCCAUAUUGCGGAUCUUCAUAGGGAUGGUAUUUGUAUUAUUAGUCAGAUUUGUAAUGAAAAAGAUCACCAUUCCUUUAGCCUGUAAAGUCUUUAAUAUACCAUGUGAUGAUAUUCGAAAAGCAAGACAGCACAUGGAAGUUGAACUUCCUUACCGCUACAUUACCUAUGGAAUGGUCGGUUUCACUAUCAGUUUUUUGGCUCCUUACAUAUUUUUUUUUAUUGGUAUAUCCUGAUGAAGAAAGACUGCUUAUGAUAAGACAGGUGGGAAUCAAUUAAUGAUAUCUAAAAAUAUUUUCUAGUUAAAAGCCGACUCAGAGUUAGGCUUUUGCAGGAAUUUAACUUAAAUAGUUAUUUAAGUAAAUUCAUAAGAGCCAGUGCAUUUUAUCAUUGCACAUCCAGAUAUUGAUUUAAGAUGGCUGAGCUAUUUCAAAUGAUAUGUAUCCAUUUAGAAUGUUCAUGUAAUAUUUGGACAGUUUAUGCUGUUAUGGAUUCAAAUUAUAUAUAAUAUAUAUUGAUAGGUACGUAUGUAUCUAGUAUAUGUUAUAUAUAAGAUAAUAUGCCUAAGUUUUUAAAACUGGGGGUUUAUUAUAAAAUCAAUAAUAAUAUGCAAACAGUUGUUCCCGUGUAUUUGGACUUAAUACAGGCAUAUUGUUAUUAACAGAUAUAUUUAACAUUUACCAUGGGAGCCAUCUCCAGACUACAUAAUUACUAGACCAGAAUUCACAUGCUACCACGUAUUGAUUUACUGCCUCUUUUUACACUGCCAUCAUUUUCCCUGUUACCCAUGGUGUUGAACAUGGGAGGCAUUUUAAUGGACCAAAUGUUCAGAAAAAUAAGUUUUUAGAUUUCUUUUUUGUUCCAGUUCUGUACACUGUGUUGAAUGUACUUUAUUUGCAGUUGUUCUGGACAUCAGUUUAAUAAUUCAGGUACUGAAUUUUAUUGCUUGCUAGUUGUGCCUUUCUGUUGCUGAAUUAAGAGAUGCCAUAUAUACUGUGAUAUAAAAAUAAGAUACUAACUUUAAUAUACAUAUAAUCAGGCAAGUAUUUUAAAAAUAUGUCAAGGUAACAGGGCUAAAAGUAAGCCACUCUUAAUUUUUUAGCCUGCAUUUAGAAAGAAAUGUGGAAUGGGUUAAACUUUCUCACUAAUUUGAUGGGAAACUAGUUAGAUAAAUAUUUCCAUUUUUAAGGUAUUUUCCUGUGCAUUGUAAGUUAUAGGAACGAGAUAUAUUUUUUUGUACAUUGUCUUGAUUGUUUAUGCUGCAGGUAGAUAUUCCAAUGAAUGGAAAUGUCAUGGAAACUUAGGGGACAAUGCACAUGCUUCAUAUGUAAAGAAACCAUUUUUCUAAAUUAUUUGGAAAUUAUUGGAUUUAGCAGUGUUAACUUUAAAUACCCAUUUAUUAGUUACCCAAAGCAAGUUAUAAAAUCUAAAGGUAUUAGUAUUUAGAAUCUAUUAUUUUUUUCCACUUUUUAUUAUUUUCACAGUGGAAAAUUUGGGUAUAGUAUUAAGCUCUUCUUUAUUCUGUCUGUGCCUUUAUAUUUUGAGGUGUAAUUGUAAUUGGGUUAAAUUAAGUUUAUUUGUAGUAAGUUUUUCAUAAAGAAGAGAAUUAACUUUCCAUAUAAAUGAGCAUCAGGUGUGGAAUUACUGACUACAGUGCAAUAUCUAUCUGAUUAUCCAGAAGUAUCACUUGAGAUGUUUCUAUUUUGGGCAGCAUAACUAUUUCAGCUCAUAUUUUUAUAAUUCUGAUUGAGAAUUUAAGGACAUAGUAAUUUUUACCAAUACUGAAUCUGGUAAUUUUUAGUGAAGCCACUAAAUUGCAACUUUUACCUACUAGUUAAUAGGAAGCCAAGAUACUUAGGAACAUAUUGGUACAUUGGAAAAUGUGCAAAAAACUUUUUUUUUAAUGUGUUUAAUGAAUUGAAUUUUAGAGACUUUCCCAUAACUUGGGUCUAUGCUAUCUUAUUAAUUUUUAUAUCUAGCUUAAAGGACACUUGGAAAUAUUUCAUUUCUUUGUCUUUUAUUAUUUUCCAUUCUAUAAUAGUUCCAUGCUAAAAUGUAUUUUAAAAUAAAAGCCAAAUUUGGGAUU